AGCGCAGACUCUUUGCAUUUGGUGGGUGGUGUGUGACGAAUCCUUCCUUACGGCCUCGAGAUGAAUUCGUACUUUGAGCAAACCGGGUUCUACGGACAUCCGCACCAGGCGGCGGCCGGGAUGAUGACGGCCACCGGGACGCACCAUGAUCAGACGACGGCCGCGGCCGCGGCGGCGUACAGAGGAUUCCCCCUGUCGCUCGGUAUGUCACCUUACACCAACCAUCACCUGCAUCAGACACGCACGGCUCAGGAGUCGCCCUACGACGCGAGCAUACAGGCCGCUUGCAAGCAAAUCUAUGAGGGCUCCUACAGCACGAAGGACUGCGGCACGAAGGGAGCCACCGGCAACAGUGGCGCGGACGCCACCAACGGGUACAAGGACGUGUGGAACGCGAACAGUGGUGCAAACAACGGAACGGCUACCGCGGCCGGCGCUGCCGGUGGCAAUGUACCUGCCCAGCAAAACAGCUCCGUUCCCGUGCGGCCCUCCGCCUGUACGCCCGAUUCCCGCGUCGGAGGCUACAUCGAUGCCUCCGGUGGUAGUCCGGUCAGCCGGACUGGAUCGGCCGCGGCCGCUGGAGUGACCGGAUCGUGGAACACCAACCAAUGUUCACUAACCGGUUCCACCGGAGGCCAACCUGCUCCCACCACCGGACUGCACCAGUCCAACCACACCUUUUACCCCUGGAUGGCUAUUGCAGGUAAGAGAUACUCAGAAUCUCUUGCGGGCACACUUCUACCAGACUGGAUAGGAGCCAAUGGACUACGACGAAGAGGUCGACAAACGUAUACGCGAUACCAAACGCUGGAACUGGAAAAAGAGUUCCAUACCAACCACUACCUAACACGUCGACGUCGUAUCGAGAUGGCGCAUGCCCUCUGUCUAACGGAACGGCAGAUCAAAAUUUGGUUUCAGAACCGCCGGAUGAAACUAAAGAAGGAAAUCCAAGCCAUUAAAGAGCUAAAUGAACAGGAAAAACAAGCGCAGGCCCAAAAGGCAGCCGCAGCGGCCGCGGCGGCGGCAGCGUUGCAUGAGCAGAACUAGGGGUUACACCAACACACCAAUCACAGUAGUGCUAGUAAUUAUUUAUACUAAAUCACGCAAAUGCCCGCAGGAACGAAAAACGGGCAGCAACCAUAUUUAUACUUGCCAGCAAAGGUGGCGGAGGAUCAUUCGUGAUCGUCGUAAGCAAGUGCUACCGUUUUAGGGCGAAAACAUACGAAUGCAGAUGGUAUUUAUGUUCUUCUGUGUUUGCUGUAUGCUGCACAAAAAA